GGCUGCACAUGGCUGCUAAGGUGCCCAAAGCUGCAAACUCACCCUCAUCCUGUUUCUCCCUCAGGGUUGGCAGAGGAGUGUGCAGAGGAGAAAGCCCAGUGCUGUCAGGGCAGGAGCUCUGCAAGUGCUCCCUGUCAAUGUGCACCAUGUCCACAAGGAUGCAGGAGACCCCAGAAUCAGAGGAGCUGGCAUGCAUGCUGUGUGGGCAGAUAGAUGUUGACCCAAGCAUCUGUGGGCCCAAACAUGUGGACUUUGGGAUCUGCGUCCAUGCGUUCUGUGCGAUGUUUUCCACCAGUCUCCUUCAAAAAGGAAGAAUAUUGAACAGAAUCGUAGUGCUGCGCCCUGAAGACAUCAGAUACACAAUCCAGCAGGCAGAACAGAAGCACUGUUUCAUUUGUGGCAAGAGAGGGGCUUCCAUCACCUGCGCAGAAACAGGCUGUGAACGCAGCUUCCAUCUCCCCUGCACCGUGGAGGGCGAAUGUGUCAGUCAGCACUUUGAAAAGUACAGUUCCUUCUGCCAAGAGCACAGCCCUCAGCAGGCAGUAGAGGCAACUCCAGAGCAAGACACCACUUGCAUUAUCUGCAUGGAUCCUGUGGGAGACAAAAAGUCCUACAGCACCAUGGUGUGUCCAGCCUGCAAACAUGCAUGGUUCCACCGGGCUUGCAUUCAGGGACAGGCAACGUGCACAGGUAUUAAGUGCUUCCAGUGCCCCCACUGCAGAAACAAGGACAAAUUUAAAUCAGAAAUGUUCAUCAUGGGAAUCCAAAUCCCAGACAGAAGACCAGUGUGGGAGGACAAUGAUGCUUAUGCAUUGCUGGGAAACAGGCACAGGCGCUGCGAUGUCAGUGAAUGCCUUUACCAACGAGGCAGGGAGCAGGCAGAAGAAGAAGGGCCCUGGCAGCUGCUUCUGUGCAGCUCCUGUGCUGCAGAAGGCACCCACCGGCAGUGCUCCUACUUGAGCAACCUCACAGACAGCUGGGAGUGCAACACCUGUGCCAGCGUGAGCAAUGCCUCCGGUGCCAACUUGGAUCUUACUGAUGACAGCACUGCUAGCGAGCAGGGACUGGGGCCAUUGUAUGGCUCUAUGGCACCUGAGAGCAGCACCUCCAGCCAGGCAGCACUGGGGCCAGCUCACAGUUUCAGGGUGCCUGAGAGCAGCAGCCAGUCGAGACAGACCAGGAUGGAGCAGAGAACAAUCCAGUCUCAUUUACAUCAGGAUAAAGAUGUCUAUAACCAGCUCCACGGAUGUCAUGGGGACAGCCAUGCAGCAGCCCUAGGGAAUACUGCUGAGAGAUGGACCUUAAUAUCUGCCAGCCAUAGGGCAUCAGGAUCCUCAAGAGAUUCCCCAGAAGCUGGCAGCCACAGGUCCAGACAGGGAGGGUGUGUACGGACCCGAAGCCGCUCCCCAUUACAAUCUCAGGCCCCAGAUUCCCAGAGCUGACCCCGAAGAUGCUGUGGGACCAGCCACGGACCAGUCAUAGGUGCUGGCAGCUACACCCAGAGCUACAUCAGCCAAGGACCACCAGAGUCACCAAGGCAUUCCCCAGCAGCUGCUUAAAGAAGUGGUUCAGGAAGCAAGGGUGAG